AUGCGUCUCUUUGAAAGCACCUCUGUCCUUGUAGGGACCGUUCUCCCUCUCAUCACAGCCUUCCCAACAUCGAGACCCAGGGAAAAUCAGAUAAUACCCGACAAAUAUGUCGUCACUUUCAAAUCUGGUGUUAGCAAGGCUGAUAUCGAAGCCCAUACGUCAUGGGUUUCGUCAGUCCAAGCACGAAAUGUUGCAAAGGGGUUCACCACUGCUGAAGCCCCCGGCGUCGAGAACACGUUUAACAUCAACACCUUCAACGCUUACUCAGGAUCUUUUGAUCGCGAAACGAUUCGAGAAAUUAAAACCCACCCAAAUGUUGCAUACGUUGAGCCAGAUAGAAUUGUCUAUGUUGCCGACCUUGUAGAGCAGAUGAAUGCCACAUAUGGCCCCAGACGCCUUUCCCACCGCAGUCUACCCCUUCCAGAUAACAGCUACUUCUACGACAGCAAAGCAGGAGAGGGAUCAUAUGUCUAUAUCAUGGACACAGGAAUCAACAAAGCUCACAUUGAUUUCGAAGGUCGGGCCAUCGCUGGUGUCAACCUUCAACAAGGCGUUGCGUUCGACGAUACCGUCGGCCACGGAACGCAUUGUGCUGGCAUUGCAGUUGCAAAGACCUAUGGAGUUGCCAAAAAAGCCGUUGCUGUUGAUGUUAAAGUCUUUAAAAGCACUUCAGGACCCUGGAGUUUCCUUCUUAAUGGUCUUGACUGGUCUGUUAAGAACAUUACCGGCGAAAACAGACUCUCCAGGUCUUCGGUUUCCAUCAGCAUCAGUGGUGCGACUUACCAACCCAUGAACGAUGCUAUCAAGGCUGCAGUUGAUGGAGGUGUUGUUGUUGUUGCUGCUGCCGGAAACGACGGACGAGAGGCUGGCCGAAACAGUCCUGGAAAUGCACCCGGUGCCAUCUGUGUAGGUUCCAUUAACAGCCGCAAUGCAAUGGAUACACGCUCCAGAUUCUCCAACUUCGGCACGGUCGUCAGCAUCUGGGCCCCUGGCGAGGGCAUCAUCUCCUGUGCCAAGGCUUCCCGUGAUGGAACGGCCAACAUGUCUGGCACCUCUAUGGCUACUCCCCAUGUCGCUGGUACCAUUGCUUAUCUACAAAGCCUUUUCGACCUCCGUAACCCUGCGGCAGCUGCCAGGAAGUUGUAUGAAUUGGCUACACCUAACAUCGUCAAAGAUGUGGGCGCCAGCAACAACAGACUGGCAUACAAUGGUAGCGGUAAAUAG